CAUAUUCUUACUGGUCUCAUUUAUUUGUCUUUGAACCCAACCCUUAAAUAUGCCCAUAUAUGCUUUUCCAUGGCUACUAUGGGAAAUAUGCCUCCAGGUCUGCAUUAUUCUGUUCCUUCUUGUCAUUAUGGAAACCAACAAACUGCAUAUGGGAUGAUGGCAGGUAUCAAGCCUACUGCUCCAGAUGUGCUGGCAGCAAGCUUCUCUCAAAGCCGUAUUUUGCAGACCUGCAGCAUGUCUCAUCCCAAUGUUGUGAAUGGAGUUGGCACUUUACAAGGUGGUCUCACUCCUUGCCUGUAUAAAUUCCCUGAGCAUGCUCUGAGUGCCAGUUCAUGUGCUCUAGGCCACAGCUUUACUUCCAUGCAUCCAUCUCUACUUGGAACUGAUCCUACCACUGAUUUUAAGCAGGAAUUUCGGAAGAAGACCAAGUCACUUGAUGAACCAAUAGAUAUGGAUUCUCCAGAAAUUAGAGAGUUGGAGAAAUUUGCUAAUGAGUUCAAGCUGAGAAGAAUUAAGCUAGGUUAUACACAAACAAAUGUUGGAGAAGCUCUAGCUGCAGUGCACGGCUCUGAAUUCAGCCAGACUACUAUUUGCCGGUUUGAAAACUUGCAACUGAGUUUCAAGAAUGCCUGCAAACUAAAGUCCAUAUUAACUAAGUGGUUGGAGGAAGCAGAACAAGUAGGAGCUCUAUACAAUGAAAAAGUUGGCAUGAAUGAACGGAAAAGAAAACGCAGAACCACCAUUAGUAUUGCCGCAAAAGAAGCUUUGGAAAGCCAUUUUGCAGAACAGAGCAAGCCUUCAUCUCAGGAGAUCAUGAGAAUGGCAGAGGGGCUCAAUCUGGAAAAGGAAGUGGUGAGAGUUUGGUUCUGCAAUCGAAGACAAAGAGAAAAGAGAGUAAAGACAAGUUUACACCAGAACACUUUUAAUUCCAUUAUUAAGGACCAUCAAGAGUGCUAGAAUUCUUUCCACAGACAAAUGAAUUUCUUAGCUUCGUUUGAA